UCAACCCAAAUUACACCAAAUCAGUACUAAGCCAGCAAGGAAAAGAUCCCUUCUGGAGCCAACAGCCAAAGUAGUAGUGCAUUACUACUUGGAGGCAACUAACAAUACAUAAACUUGGAGGAACAAGAUUACUGAGAAUUUAUGGAACUUGUGAGAUAUCAAUAUCUCACAUUGGAGAAUUAGGUAAAGAAUGUCUAAUAUCUAACACAAAUACUUAAAGAAAAUCAAAAUUUAGUAGGGGGCACAUGACCCAUUGGUCGUACUAAUUAUUUAUGUUGGGCCGUAAUAAUAUAUUUUUAUAAGUCCAUUACAUUGAAAACGAGAAUUUAUGUUCUUUCUAUCCAUACAUUUGCUUCAGCGAGUGAUUUUUGGUAAAAAUAUAAAAAUCUCUUUAAAAAGUAAUGAAUCUACCAACCAUGUUUUCUAAUUAUACAUAUGAAAUUUGUCUAGAUCACCAUUUUUAUUACAUGGUUUCUGAAAUUCAAAUCGUUUAAUCUUCUAUUUAUUAGCCCCGCACUCGAAUCUAAGUACGAUUGAAAACACAAGCUUAAAUAAAGAAGCUUGAUUUAAAACAUUUUGAUUUCCGAUCUGGUUCUUCUGUUUUCGAGAGAGAGAAAAUGGGCGAUCAAGACAACGUUAGUAAAAUGAUUAAGGAUUUGAAAGAGAUUGUGAACUGUUACGACUCAGAGAUCUACUCGAUGCUUGUGGAGUGCAAUAUGGAUCCUGACGAAACUGUUAUUCGUCUCCUUUGUCAAGAUCCUUACCAAGAGGUGAAGAGCAAGCGAGCCAGAAAGAAAGACACCAAAGAUCAAGCAGAGUCAUCGAGACGUAGAAUCCCAAAUCAUUACAACACCGCUCGAGGUGGCGGCAACAAAUUUAACUCCAAUGAGACAAGACUUGCUCAAAGUGUACCCGCAAACAGAAGAGGUAACCAUUGGGCUGGCUCUUCUUCAGCACCUGCUGUUCGACCUCCACCAAACAGUGAUCCUAAAAACGCCGAAGUUAAGAAAGCAUCAAAGGGUUCAACUGGUGCAGCUUCUUCCUCUUCGCUUCCAGCACCAGCGUAUCAAUCCGCUUGGGCCAAAGCUAACCCCGGGAAGAAAACUAUGGCUGAGAUUGUGAAAAUGGGUAAGCCUCGUUCAUCAGAGACGCAAGAGAGUGGAACCAAAGCUCCUUUGAAAGAUGAAGGGUCUUCAACUGAGAAGCAAGAUGUUUAUGAUCCAGCGUCUUCUCUCUUGAAGCCAAUUGCUGAAUCUAACACACAUGCCGACCGAGUUAGCGAGCCUCAACAUGUGGAUGAGUCUCGUUCAUCAGAGACGCAAGAAACUGGAAACAAAGCCCCUUUGAAAGAUGAAGGGUCUUCAGUUGAGAAGCAAGAUGUUUCUAAUCCAGUGUCUUUUCUCUUGAAACCAGCUGCUGAAUGUAAAACACAUGCCAACCAAGUUAGCGAGCCUCAGCAUGUGGAUGAGUAUCAGAUGGAGAUAAAAACAAAUCCAGUUUCAUCUCAUCCUGAUGUAGACCUAGUUGCGCAAUGCUCUCACUUGAGGUUUGGUAAAUAUGGUUUUAACCAUGACUUGGAAGACAAGCGAGAGACAGGGGAGGAUUCAUCGUUUAGACACCUGUUCAAUAGCUUGUAUGAGAAGGAGAAAGAAGAAGAAGUACUUGCAGACAAUGCCACAGAUGAAAAAACAUCUUAUCAAAUCGAUUCGACCGCUAGUAAUUACCAUGCUUCAUCAGAUUCUGAAACACAAGCGGCACAGCAUGAAGAACCUUCUCAAGAAGAUCUUCAGAUGCAGAAUCUUGAGAGAUUAAUCACCAACGCAAUGGAUGUAAGAGAUGAAAGUAUACCUCCUCACGGUGCAGGACAACCUCUUAAUGAACAUCCCGCCUUAGACGCAAACUAUCAUCAACAUGGGAUGCCAUUAGGGAAUCAUGGUGACUUCACAAGUGAUCAAUCCAUGCCCCAUGGUUACAUGCAUGCAGGUUUUCAGCAAGGGUUUCCUGUUGGUAACCAUCAGGCUCCUCUGGCUGUGGUUCAGAACGAAAACUCACCAAUAUGGCAUGAACUACAACAACCUUUCUUGCAUGCGGCUCCUGGAGGCGGAGUUUACAUCUUCAGUGCUCAUACAAGUCCGUCUCCUCACAGUAUGAUUCAAGCCCAACGACUGUACCUGCAACAGCUGUCUCAACAAACUGCAAUGUCGAUGGACCAACUCCAUCAUCGUCAUCAGCAUCAGCAUCAGCAUCAGUAUCAGCAUCAGCAUCAGCAUCAGCAUCAUCACUAUCAUCAUCAACAACGGGGUGGAGAGGCGUCUAGCCGGACUCGAGAACAUCAAUGGCGUAAUAACAACUAAUGAUCAAAAGCAAAACCCCUCUCUCCAUGCCCUGCUUUGUUUUUCUUUUCUGUUUUUGUUUUUGUGAUGUUUCGUAUUCCUGAACAGCGAUGAGUUGAUUCAGAACUAUAAAAAAUGGUGUUGUGUGUUGACUGCUUGUUUUACUAAUAAAACUUAUGAGGGGUUUUGUUUAAGACUUUUAAUGGUUGGUUUGUUGACUUGCUAAUCAAACCUUAUAUUACCAGAUA